ACCGUACACAGCGGCCACACUUCCAAGUCCAGUCGAUAUCUUUAGUCUGAGGCCAUAUGUUUCUUAUAUCAUUUGUCCAUUGUCACAUUGAUGUAUUCUAAAUUGCAUCCAAUGGUGACCUCGCCGCCUCAGACCGCGGUACCGGCCUUCUCCCAAACAUGGCACGAGACCGAUACCGCGUUCCUCGAUCCGACCGCUCUACCAGUCGCAAAGAUCCCCCGAGCUUGGGAGCGAAAACAGGAGACCAAAAUAUCACGCGACGGUAAACACAAGAAAGUUUGGCGGAGAUACACGCUUCGAUCACAACCGGCAAGCACAGCAUCGGCCGACGAAGACGAGGUUGAGGAAGGAAGCGUACACAACAGAGCGGUCAAGAAGCUUCGGGUUAGAUUGGAAGGCAUAGAGCAAGUGCCUGCAAAAUCUAAAGGGAAACAGCGUACGUUCAAAAAUACGCGAUGGGAUCGAAGGAAAAGCGUGCUUCCGAGAAAAAGAAGAGCCCCACGCCGUGUGAAUAGCGAAACAGCGGACGAUUCAGACACUGUUCUUGCCCGGGGUGACAUGGUCGCCGAAGAUGCUGCCGACUCUGUUAAUGAAGAUGAAAUCUUGGUUCAAGAGCAAGAAUCUCUACCCGGUGAUCAGGAUAAGCCAGCCUUUCUGUUUGCGGCAGAGGAAGAGUGUGAGCAGCAGACUGAUGAAGAAAUAUCGACCCGGUCAACGCCUUCCGCUUCCGAACUCCAAACGGCAACUCCACCCUCAGGACAACAACAUGAAAUUACCCCCAUGCAGCGUGCAGCUUCUCCACGGACAGAAGAGACUCUCCAUCUGCCCACACAAAUCGAUAGGCCUGCGCAGCAAUUGGAUGCGUCCGAACUGGAUCAGUCGGAAGUGAAUCAGAUUUCUCUCCGUGCUCAUAUGGUUGCAGAGGGCACUUCCGACCCCUUACACGUCUCUGAAACGGAGGACGACGCUGAUGUUGUGGUGGAGGAUAGCCCCGAAGAGACUGCUCUGCCUCAAGAACAUGGUUCACAAGGCCAGACUUCAUUGGGUGCAUGUCAAAUAUCGGAUUCGGAAAUUGUUGAUAUCUCCACGGGCAAGAACGAAACAUAUUGCGAGGAUUCGCCGGAUGAAGAAGAAGUCUUCUCUGCAUCAGCGAAUGAUCUUAAACACCCGGCGGAUAUUUCACAAGAUGUUGGAAGGUCAGAGAUCGCUGUUCAUGAGGGCUUCAGGUCUCAACCUCAGCAGGAUGCAAGCGAUGACAACACUAAGAGCCCACCAGAUGAGAACUGCACGCUUACGGAGGAACAUAUGCAGCUCGAAAUUCAACAAGAUAUGGAGAUGCCACUUCCCACAGAGGGUUCUGAGGUUUUGGUCCAGGCCAAAGGACACGAAGAGAAUCCUCCAAGAGAGAUCACUGCAAGCCCACACAUUGUUGCACACCUCUCUGUAGCAAGUCGUGCUGAGCAGGAGAUAAUUGAUGUUCAGCCCCAGGUCACUGUUGAAAGUACUAUCAAGGAAGAAGUGGGGAAUGAGUCAAACGACAUUGCACUUGGUCUAACUCUGCCGCUAUGUCAACCCUGUUCAACAGAGCCUGUGAGACGAAAGUUGCGAUGUCCUUCACCUCCACCGGUUGAAUCUGUUGUAGACGAUCCCACGACUACCAUCCAGCUAGAUGACGACACUGCGCUAUUGAAAGAUUUCCUUACCCGCGCUGCUGCGAGCAAGGCGAACAAAUCUACUCAUAUCGCUCGUCGCAGUUCUCUUCAAAAUCGUCGCGACUCAGGUGCGGUUCGUCAAGCACUCCAGUCUCCUCGAAGAAUUCUAGAAGCCAAGGAUCCAAAUUCACCAUCAAAGUAUGACAACGAACUCACUCUUGACCUAUCACAAACUCUCACACUCAACAUUGACCAACAACCACCAUUGUCCCCUAUUCCUAAUCAGGUAGAAGCCGAGGGCCUGGAAGAGGACAACCAACUCUCAUUUAGCUCUCGACGCUCAACCCGAACCCGAAAGUCGCGACUUCCUCAUCUUGCUUCUUCACAACAGCAGCCACAGACCCCAAGGAACAUUUCUCUUCGACGAACGGAUGGCGGAGAACCCAUUGUCCUGAAACGAACAGAGGCUCAAGAACUUGGGCUUCUAACGCGGGCUAACACUCGCAAGAACAAACAAGGGGCCGUAGCCGUCAGUCUCAAGUUGCUAAAGUUGAGCACGGCAAACACAAUAUCUACACCGGACGGGGGAGUUGUCAACCCAGCAUCAGACACCAAACCAAAAAAGAAGAACGUUCGCUGGGACGAGCAGCUAACGUAUUUCCAAGAAAGUACGGAGACACUCGAGAGUGUCACGAGUGCGGUGGAUGCCGAGUCCCUAGCCACGCUAGACGAGCUGAAUGUGGCAAUAAUCACGCCUUCGGCGAAGGGAAAGUCCAAGGGAAGCAAAGACAAGAAAUCAACUCCCCGCUUGCGCCGCGUUCGCGGUCUCGGGGCCGCAAACGGUACUCCAGGGAAGGGACUUCUAGCGCCAGCUUCCCUACUACCUCCUGAGAUUCAGGAAGAGAAAGAAGCAUCCCAAUCCCAGCACUUGGCUAUGCCGUCGAAGGUGAAGAAGAUGAAACUUGCUCGAACCGCGGACACGGCCCCCCAAAUGACCGUCCCCAAAUCUCAACUACCGUCCCUCGGAGUUGCACCUGUGGGAAUUGAGCAGACGAACCACGGCAAGGAAAUUUCUACAAAAGAGCUCAAGAGCCAUCUAGCUACCCCAAAGAAGGUCAAAUUGUCCAUACCCAAGCCCACGGCGGCGCAAGUUCCCAGUGAUGGUAAAGAAAAUCAGCAAGGCCGAGGCUUUGGAAUUGCGACCCCUAAGAAGGUUCUGCCGUUACCUCAAAUCAUUGUGCCUCCUGCGGUAGAGACGGGCUUACCUCGGCGGCGAGCAGGAAGGAAGGGGUAAAUAGCAGGCCAAGUCUGUUUGGCGUUUAAUAAAUGAUCGAUAACUAUGAGUCAAGAAUCUGUCUAUGUUUGUGUUUCUCUUCCUUACAGCAUGUAGGGCGUUUCUGGUAGCGAUCCCGUCGGUCUAUUGGCACUAUCUGCGUUACGGUUUUGGUGUUUUGGGUGCCGUUUAGGAUUUCCUUUUAGUUUGAUAGUUUCUCGUCCAGUUACGGCUUAGAAAUUGAGAGAGUGUAUCAUCACAUUUGAUAAUCAAAGACUCAAGACUAC